GCAUCUAACUUCUAUAAAAAACAUAAUGAAAAAAACAGCCAAAAUGGCACAUUAUUAGAUGUUAGAACAAGUAGAUUGCUCUUUGGAGGAGCUAACGUAGGAAAAGAAACAAAAGAUAAUUCUUUAAAAGGAAGAAUUAUUAACAUAUUAGAGAAAGAUGGUAAUGAAUUUUCUAGACACUUAAAUGCUUUAAUACAUGAUGAAAAUUUUCGAAACGAAUUAAAUUUUUUGACACAUGAUAGCAAUGUAAAAAGGACCCUUAAUGCAUUAAUGCGCGAUGAUACUUCUGAAAGUUUAUCUAGCAUUUCAAGUUUUGAAGAAAAUUUUAAAAGACCAUUAAAUGAAUUAAAACGAAAUGUCUCUGAAGACAGCAUAUUUGGUGAUUUAGGAGUGUAUAAUUCUGACGAAAGUAUCGACGAUAUAUCGAAUGACAGUCUCUUCAGCAGUGGACUUGAUAUAGUGAAAAAUGAAAAACACUUUACAAAAGCGGAUGCUAUAAGUGAACAAAAAGAACUCGAUAAGUUAAUACGAGAGCAAAAUGCCAAAAGAGUUACCGAAUCGGGCAUAUAUGGACUUUUAAAACAAAUUGAUAGAAAAGUCGAAUCAGAAAUGUUAAAUAUCAUGAAAAGUGAUUUUGGUUAUGGUUAUGAUAAUAAUAAAAAGUGUAGCACUAAAUGCAAAAGUGUAUAUAAAAAAUUCCUUAACGAUAUAAAACAAUAUAGAAUAUUUUUACCUUUUAUCAUUACUGGUGCAAUUGCUGUAGUACUAAUCCCACAUAUUUUAUUUGGUUGUAUUUUGGGUACUACUGCUACUUGUUCCGCGUCACUUUUUUAUUUAUAUAUUGUAUCAUUAUUCUCAUCUUUUUCUUUGGGCAUCUACUAUCAGAUUAAAUAUGAAAAAUGCAGUAAAAUUAUAAGGCGUUUUUUAAAAUAUAAGAAACGUCCUAGUUUAAAAAGAAAUCCCAUGAGCAUAUAUUGCUUUUAUAGAUCUCUAAAAUUUUAUGUCUUAAUAUGA